AUGGACUGUCCACGGCCAUUACUGGCCCUCCAACAUUCCCAACUUUCACAACGACCAACCAUGCAUCCAUCUCUCCGCCUUGCUCAACUCAAUCUUAACAUGCUCCCGCGCGGACUUCAGAACCGCGGCAAAGCUGCUGCCAAUAAAUCCCUGCAGGACUGGGAAGCGGUUGCAGCUCACUGCCUCGCCCUCCAAAAACUCUCUCGCUUCUAUAUCCCCUUUGUCCACGCCAAUCUCGAUCCGCUCGACAUUCCCAAGAAGCCUCUGACAAUGGAGGAUGACCUUCUCCCCGACGCUGUCCUCCGCGCGGUACUUGCUCUCCAAGUUCUGACUAGGAUGUGCGAUGCUAUGGUUAUAGACAACAUUGCCAAAGCCGAAUUAUGGGCUCGGGUCUGGCCUUGGGUCAAGUUCCUCGAGAAUAUCGCUGUCUACCACCCCCAGGCUGUACCGGCAAAACACCCAAUCUUCACUGUGCUUAUUGGGCCCCUACAAUUUGUUCCUGCGGCUGACGGCAACGAGUCCAUUGCUGCACUGUGCAAUACACCCGGUGUGCUUGCCUUUUGCGGGCGAGUGUGGGACCGUAUGAAGACCCUCUCGGUCCAUGAGGCUGGUGGCCCGGCUGCUUUUGUUAUGCUCCAUAUCAUCAUCUCGUCUCACCUGCGAACGCCAACGCCCGCCAUUUUGGAUGAGCUUUCGUCUGAUCUUGCCAACGGAAGCCGUGAUCUCAUGUCGCUCAUUGUAGGCGGGUUGGAAUUUCCCCAGCAUUGUGACUGCCACGUUAUGCCUGUGCCACCGCACCUCAGUUCCCUCCUGGCUUUGACUUCGCUCGCAGCUGGGUCUGACCACGCCGAGGCGCUCCUGGAAGCAGGCGCUCUACGCGCUAUAAUCGGGCUCCUUGGUAAACUGAACGACCUUAACUAUGCGAACGUUAUGGAGGACACUCUGAAAGUGCUCAUUUUGCUGCUCGAUCCAAAAUUCGUCGACCGAUGCCUUCCGCGGGCACUUGACGGCGUCAUGUCUAUUCUCGCUGCGAUCCUCACCAAUCACGCCGUCGACUCGAUUCCACGUGAACUCUUUCUCCACCUAUUGUACGACAUCAUCCCUGCCGCCCUGAUUCAUCGGGACGUUGCUUCGCAGUGCGCUAGCCUGUCAGGCAACUGGGCGGGGAGCGGGGAAAUGCGCGCCGACAACGAAAUACGUGCUGCCUGGGACUCCGUGUUGCUGUUGUUUCAGCAGACAGCGACCAGCUUCGCGUUUUACCGGUCGCCGGCAUGGGUGCACCGACAGAUGUGCCACAAUCCUGAUUGCAAGAACAUCCAACCGUUGGCGGAGUUCAAGCGCUGCGCGGGCUGCGGGUUCGCCGUCUAUUGCGACAGGGCCUGCCAAAAAGCGGGCUGGAAACGCGGGCAUCGUGGACUGUGCAAAACCACGGCUCUCCCAAUUGACCAGCUUGACACCCGACAAUCGCGCUUCAUCCGAUACAUCGUCUUCAGCGACUACCAGCGCAACAAGUUCGGCAUCCUCCUGAGUCAGCUUGAAUUCAUGUACGAGCGUGGGCCGAAGACGCGGUUUGUCACCGUGUUCGACUACCGCACGCGGACGGCUGAUGCGCCGCUUACGGUUGCGGUUAUUCCCCUCUCAACACCGGAGUUGGACGGAUGCCGCUUUCGCGCAUACGACUGGGGGGAGCAGCUCCGUACGGGCUGUCAUGUGGUCCUUUGCCCGGGGUAUGCUAAUCGCAUGGAGGUGCAUUUGUGGUCGACAAGUAACGAGCUCGCAGACGGGUUGCUGGAGUUGUUGGCGCUUCUUCCGCAGGGAAUUGAAUUUCCUUCUGAGACGGAGCUCGAAGCUGCAUUUCCCGAGAUCCAUCGUCGACUUGUGGAGCUGAGCGAGUGGGAUGUGGACGAGGUAUAUUGA